UACACCCUUUGUGUUUCACUGAACCAGUUGGGUUCGGGCGCGAGAGAAGACAGACGACCAAGAUUAGCAAGUUUAGGCCAGUGUACUUUUUUUAAAAAAACAAUUACUUUGUCAAUUUAAGCUUUUUGAAGUCAGCAUUAUGACCGACAAAAUGGAUAUGUCUUUAGACGACAUUAUCAAACAGAACAGGCAGCAGAGAGGUGGCGGCAGGGGUGGAAGAGGCCGAGGCCGUGGAGGUUUUGGCGUCGGCCGAGGAGGCGUUGGGCGCCUUGGAAUGAGCGGCGGAGGAUUUGGAACCCGAGGCGGAGGAUCCGGCCCCAUGAGGAGCCGUCAAAACACGAAUCGCGCUCGAGGCAGACCGACGCCGUACAACAGGCCCAAACAACUUCCGGAUAAAUGGCAACACGACAUGUUCGACAACGGCUACAGUGGAUUCAACGGCGCGGCAGGUGGCGGCGCUGGUGUCGAAACCGGAGGGAAACUUCUGGUCUCCAAUCUCGAUUUUGGGGUUUCUGAUGCCGAUAUUCAGGAACUUUUUGCUGAAUUUGGCACACUGAAAAAGGCUGCAGUCCAUUAUGAUCGUUCGGGCAGAAGCUUAGGAACUGCAGAUGUUCACUUUGAAAGAAGGGCAGAUGCGCUCAAGGCCAUGAAACAGUACAAUGGCAUCCCGCUAGAUGGGAGGCCCAUGAACAUUCAACUAGUCACAUCACAGAUUGAUACUCAAAGGCGGCCAAUGCAGGGUAUGAACAGAGGCGGUGGCAUGAACAGGGGGCGCGGGGGCAACUUCGGCGGCAUGCAGAGAGGAGGCCGCAUUGGAGGUCGUGGCAACUUCAGAGGACGAGGUCGAGGAGGCCGAGGCGGUAGCAAGCAGCCGAUAUCAGCAGAAGAACUUGACGCCCAGUUAGACGCCUACAAUGCAAGAAUGGACACCAGCUAAGAAGUGUUGCAGUUCUCCUUGGUCAUCCUUUCUUGUUCUGCACAGAAGGAUGCUUGUUACGAUAGUGCGAAUUGUUUUACACAUGGUUGUCCUGAUGUGUUUGGUCGUCGCUCCAGCUUCUUAACUGCUCUGAAGUGUUUUUUACCAUUCUUUUUCUUUUCUUUUUGACAAAAGUGAUUUUUGUCUGUAGGUUAAAAGUUGGAAUUUCCAAGUUCAUUCCUUAAAACUUGUAGUAAAUGAAACUUAUAAUAAAACCUGCGGUGUAUAUUAAUCAA